AUGUUAAAAAUAAAACGAUACAAUGGUACCCGCCGCGUUUUUUUAUCAGACCCGGAACCACCGGAACUUUACACACAGAUAUCUUUUAUCAGAGCCUUGCCUUGUAAUUGCUGCCUCCGGCUCAUAUCUCACCGAAGUUUAACGACAUGGAUAAAAAGCAAGAAACAUCAGAUUUUUCGUAUACCAAGAUAAGAGACGGUGAUAAAACGGGUCUGGUUCUCUGUGAAAAUAAUGAAUCGGACUCGCAGUUUGCGUACCUUAAAAAAACCCAACCGACGGACUUACCUAUUUUUUCAACGUCAGUCGAACAUUUUUUGAAAGAUGUCUUCCUGCCUCGAGGCUUUCCGGACAGUGUGCAUUCGGACUAUGUUCAAUAUCAAAUUUGGGAUACAGUUCAGGCAUUUGCCAGUACGAUAUUGGGGACGUUGACCACUCAUUCGAUAAUGAGAGGAGUGGGUGUUGGAGAAUCGACAGCAACUCCUUUGGCGGCUGCGAUAACUUGGAUUUUGAAAGAUGGCACAGGAAUGGUCGGGCGAAUAGUAUUUGCUUGGUGGAAUGGACCAGGAUUAGAUGCUCAAUGUAAAAAAUGGCGUCUUUUUGCGGAUGUUUUGAACGAUGCAGCAAUGGGAAUCGAGUUGACCCUGCCCUACUUUCCAAGUUUUUCAACGAUUCUGCUCUGUUUCUCUUCUGCAAUGAAAUCUUUGGUCGGUGUCGCUGGUGGAGCCACUAGAGCCUCCAUCACUCAGCAUCAGGCUCUGCAAAAUAAUUUGGCUGAUGUAUCGGCCAAAGAUGGGAGCCAAGAAACCUGUGUGAAUUUGAUUGCCUCGCUCGUUGGUGUUUUUAUGCUGUCUUUUCUCGGUGCAAGUUCCCACGUGUUGUUCUGGUACGUCGUACUUGUCGCAACUCACAUUUAUGCGAAUUAUCGAGCAGUGCGAUCCUUGUGCUUCGACACGUUAAACGAAGAUCGUCUUGCGAUUAUCGUUGAUAAUUAUUUAAUGCAAUCAAGUGUUCUAAGCCCGGAAAAAGUGAAUGAACAAGAAUCGGUACUCAUUUCGUACAAGGCUUCUAAAAAACUGUGCGGAUUUGAUAUUACGAUUGGCGAAUCGCUCGAGGAUUAUGUGGAAUCUGCUAAGUCGCAGAAGUCGAACAGCUCCUCAAUCCGCGAUGCUUUGACAUUGUUUCGUAUAACGAAAUCAUCUUCAUUUUCAAUCUUUGGAAAACGAGAUCGUUCGAAGUCUCUGCAUACGUUUUUUAUCGAUAUGCAAAAUCGGGUCAUCAGAAUUGCUCUAGUUCACGAUGCAACGUCGGAAAAUAUUCUGAAUAGCUACAUCAGUGCUUUCCUAAUGGGCAUUAUGAUAAGCAUGGGAUGUGAAUUCCGUCAAGAUAUAAUAGAGAAAGCUAAAAACGCCGAGGGCCCGUUACUCGCUAUGUACAAAAUGGCCAUUGAAUUGCGUCAAACUCUAUCGCAACCUAAAUUUAUGAAUGGAAUGUUGGAUCAACACACCCGCACAUUAUUGGCACACCUCAAAGCCUCCGAAUGGAAGAUGGAUACGAGCAUGCUUCUGGUCGGGCCUUACAGAAUUUACGAAGAUACGAAAAUGCUUUUAAAGUAGAGAUGAAAACGAUCGUUUGUUUUUUUAAUUUUGAUACUAUUUCUGAAGGCAUAUAAGCAUACGAAAAAAAAUACUUCGAGAAUGAGGUAAUAAAAGUUUUACACUUCUUUAAAAACUUCUGACUGUGAAUUCAAUUUCUCUGAUGAAAUUCUACAACGACCAGUCGCAAUUUCACACUGCGGUGAACAAUAAAAACUAUGUAUCACGAGA